AUGCCAGACUCCCCACCCCCACACCCACUCAAAAAGUCACAUCCGUCCAUCAUUCUGUGCCAUCCUGCCAGUCACAAUCGCUCUUCUUCUCUUCCUCCUUAUUCAUCUAUUCAUCUCGGACAGUCUGUCCUCAAAACAUCCCGCAAACUCCGCCCACCCUCUCUUUGCCUGUGGCCAAAGUAUCCCUGCGUCUGCUUCCCUCCCCCGUCCCACAUAACCACGUCCCCUCCCUCAUUUCACUGGCUGACACUGGUCACGUGCGUGUGCCUGUUACCCGUCCUCAUUGGCCAAAUCCCAGGAGCACUGGCAGGGGAGACGUGGGGCGUGGUUUCGGCCUGUCCGUUCCACUGCGUGUGCCGGAACCUGUCGGAAUCUCUAAGCACGCUCUGCGCGGACAAGGGCCUUUUGUUUGUCCCGCCCAACAUCGACCGUCGCACCGUCGAACUUCGUCUCGCGGACAACUUUAUCCGAGAGGUUGGAGGCGCAGACUUUGCCAACAUGACCGGUCUGGUGGACUUGACGCUGUCCCGAAACACCAUCAACUACAUUCGACCGAUGGCCUUUGCCGACCUGGAGAGUCUGCGUUCACUCCAUCUGGACUCCAACCGUCUGACCGAGCUCGGCCCACGUGACCUCUCUGGAUUACUAAACCUCCAACACCUCAUUGUCAACAACAACCAGCUCACCAACAUCUCCUCGGAAGCUUUUGAUGACUUCUUGCUCACUCUAGAGGAUCUGGAUUUAUCCUACAACAACUUGCGCAAGGCACCUUGGGAUGCCAUCCAGAACAUGGCCAGUCUACACACGCUCAACUUGGACCACAACCUCAUUGACCAAAUAGCUGAGGGUUCCUUUAGCGAGCUGUACAAACUAGCACGACUUGACAUGACCUCCAACCGCCUGCGGACCCUUCCCCCCGAUCCCUUGUUUGCCCGUUCCCAGACGGGCGUAAUCAGCCCCACACCAUACAACGCUGUAGUCAUCCUGAACUUUGGGGGAAACCCGUUACACUGCAACUGCGAGUUACUAUGGUUACGUCGCCUGGUUCGCAGCGAUGACAUGGAGACUUGUGCAACGCCUCUCCACUUGGCUGGGCGGUACUUCUGGUCUAUCCCAGAGGAGGAGUUUACCUGCGAGCCUCCUCUCAUCACGCGUCACACUCAAAAACUGUGGGUACUCGAGGGUCAAAGGGCGACUCUAAAGUGUCGGGCCAUUGGUGACCCUGAACCAGUGGUGCACUGGGUCUCCCCCGACGACCGGAUUGUAGCUAACUCCAGCCGCGUCACCUCCUUCCGCAACGGUACCCUGGAGAUCUUGGUAACUGUAGCCCGUGACGACGGAGCCUACACUUGUAUAGCCAUCAACGCUGCAGGUGAAGCCACUGCUUUGGUUGACCUGAAGGUCAUCCCACUCCCUCACCGUGGUAACGGGACCGUGACAUUGGUCCGUGACCCGGGGUCAUCUGAUAUUACCACAGGGAAGACUGGUAAUGGACAGAGCCCUAACCCAGAUAAUACUGCCCCGGAACAGCAGGAGGGAGAGGAGGAGGAAAGAGAGAGUGACGCGGAGGACGGAGGCGGUGAUGGCGGAGAAGAGCAAAUGGUGGGGGUACAGGGGGUGACCUCCACUUCAGCUCAGGUGCGGUGGGAUCGGGGACGACUGUCUGGAUCUUAUCUGGUGUGGAUGUACCAAAUCCAGUAUAACUGCACAGCCGACGAAACGUUGGUUUACAGAAUCUUGCCAUCCACAAGUGACAGCUUCUUGUUAAAGAACUUGGUCUCCGGUGCAGACUACAACCUCUGUGUCCUAGCCAUUUUUGAUGACACCAUCACGUCGCUGGCGGCCACAAAAGUGCUGGGUUGCACCCAGUUCAGCACGAAGGACAAUUACCCAGAUUGCCGAUCACUACAGGCGCAUUUCCUGGGCGGAACUCUGACCAUAUUGGUGGGCGGAGUCGUCGUGGUUACGCUCCUGGUGUUCACCGUGGCGUUGAUGGUGCGUCACCGUGUGUGCAGUAACCAUGACGACCAGUACGACUUUGGAGAUGAGGUUGGUUGUUCCGGAUCCUCUUCCCCACCCCUUCCUGCCAAGGGAAGUAACGCCCUGUCUCAGAGCAACGGGAACGGGGAUGUAAUGAUGGUUGUGUUGCCCAAUGGGAUGCUUCAGAAACAGAGAGGGGCGGGAUCACCCCCUAAACCACCUCCGAAAUCUAAACCCCAAACUCUCCCCAAGCCCAAAGUCAACCUGGACGUGUACCGGGCAGGGCAAGGGGGAGGGUCGGGUUCGGAGAAGACACUGCCGCCCUAUACCCCAGAGACUGAAAGAACGCCCCUGUAUUACAGCCCCAAAAACUGCUCUCCCUCCACACUGCCCCGCCAAUCACGCCUGUUAGGGGCGGGGCAGCUCAAAGUACGCUCCACCAAUAGAGACGUGAACAAACGUGCCAGUUUUAGCCUAGCUGUACCUCCUCACAACGGAGGGGACGUCAGCGACAGGCGGUUCAGCACGGGAGGUGGCGUGGUGGUUAAACGCGGAUGCGGAGACAGCCAGUGGAACUCUUCCUUGGCCUAUCAGAGCCCCGCCUUGCCUUCCCGCAGCCCCAUUCACGGGGCCCUGCGGCCCAAGCGCAGCUCGUCCUUCGACAUGGGCGAGAUAGCCACCACCACCUGCUACAGUUACGCCAAGCGACUGAGCGUCAUCUGGACCAAGCGAAGCCAGUCGCUCCACGGCAUGCUGGUCCAAUGCGCUUCGGCGACCAGCACCUCGACGACCAGCAGCGGGAGCGGAGGCGAUUUCACCGCGCGGCACGCGCAGGGCUACAUCCACGCCUACAACGCGACCAACUCCAAUUCCAACGUACCAAACACAGAGACUACAGAUGCAAAGAAAGAUAAAAAGGAGGAACUGGAGGAGAGCGUUGUAUAG